AUGGAAUUACUGGAAGAAUUACGAAGGAUAGAAUCUGUAAGUGCUAAAAAUAAAGGGGACCAGGCACUGGGAGUGGAAUACAGAUUUCUAAGAGGGAACUUCUCUGAUGUUCUGAAAACACUUGAGUUGAGUUAGGGUGGAAAGUACUAUGCCUGUAAAGGCAUGAAGCCACAUUUUGAAAGUAUGGACCAAGUGAAUAAUUGGAGACAGAUACAAGCACUAAGGAGGCGGCCACAUGCCAAUAGCCUUAUGUUACAUGAAGUUGUUUUUAAUAAAAUAGCUGGCUCCCUUUCACUGAUAUGUGAAUUUAUGGAUAUGAAUAUUUAUGAGCUGAUAAAAGGGAGAAGAAAGCCAUUACCUGAAAAAAAAAUUAAGAACUCCAUGUACUAGUUAUGCAAAUCUCUUGAUUGCAUACAUAGAAAUGGGAUAUUUCACAGAGAUGUGAAACCAGAAAACAUAUUAAUAAAUCAAAAUACCCUGAUGUUAGGAGAUUUUGGAUCUUGUAGGAGUAUCUAUUCUAAGCAGCCACAUACAGUCAUCUCCACAUGCUGGUACAGAACAAAUGAAUGCUUACUAACAAGUGGUUACUACAGUUACAAAAUUGGUAUGUGAUGUGCUGGCUGUGUCUUCUAUGAAAUUACAAGUUUUCAGCCUCUCUUUCGUGGAUCUAAUGAGCUGGACCAUAUUUCAAAAGUCCAUGAUGUUACAGGCAUUCUGGCUAACAAGCACAAGUUCAGGCAGUCAAGAAUUGCAAGGUUUGGUUUCUCCUUUAAAAAAGGAAAAGGAAUACCUCCUGCAGUUUACCUCCCAAAGGCUUCUCUCCUGUAUGCAAUGAUAAAAUAUGAUCCUGAUGAGAGAAUUGCUGCCCAUCAAGCAUUACAGCACCCUUAUUUUCAAGAACUCUGGCAAGUGACUUCGAAUCACUUCAAUCUUGAAGACUAAAAUUAAAAAGUGGGGGGAGCCCUAUGUGCUUAUUAUUUAAAGUGGACUGAAAUGAAGUUUGCUUACAGUGGUAGUACUAAGCUUGCAAUACAAUGAACAUAAUUCAGUUAUUUGCACUGAGUCCAUACUUCACCUAAAGCACAGCUGAUGUUUUACUCUUCUUUUUUUCCUCAAACUUUUUAGGGCAGGUGAAACACAAAAAAUUAAGAUUACUGAGAAAUACAUCAGGGCAGGUAAUUCUGUGGCACAUUUCAAUGGCAAGUCAAAAGACAGGUAAUAUUUAAGUGGAAGAAUUGUCAGACCACUUAGAGAAAGUAAUUUGUGGCACUGAGCUUGUUAGCUAGAAACAAAUGUUUUACUUAAGCUGACUUAAGGUUUUAUUGAGUCUGCCUGAACACUGAUCUUGAUUUGGUUUCCCCCUGCCCCCAAGCCCUGAAAACACAUGAGUUAGAAUUUAGAAGCUGUGAUACCACACAAUCCCUUCAGCAGACUUUUAUCAUAGUUGCUUUUACUUAAAGAAUCACUUCCACAUGUUUGUUUUUUUUUAAUAUAAUAAUCUUUUUGCUGUCUUUGAACUAAAGAGCUUUAUAGAAGUUGUAGCAGAGGCACAAAGUGCUUUUGCCUUUCUUCUCAGGCCUUCAGUCUACAUCUUGAGCAAGUAAUUUUUUUUACUUAAUUAUCCUAUACUUAGAUGAUAUCCUAAAAAAUAUGAAAAUGAAGAAAAUAAGAAAAUGGUAAAAUCCUAAACUUGUAUUUGACAUUGGAAAUUAAAAAAAAAAAUCUGAUUAAAAGUUCUGGCAAACUAAAACUCAAGUUUAUGUUCAAGCUAUGUGAAAAAUACUCAAUAUACUCACUUAGAAGAGUUCCCUGUAUCAGCAAGGUGAGACAGAAGUCAGUACUAAUGUGAAAAUCCCUCAAAUACAGGUUUUUCUCAAAAAAGCAAACUGAAUUAGCAAAAAAAAAAAAAAAAUUAUAAAUUAUUUUCUGCUGUGCAUUUAACCUCAAAGGCACAAAUUCUCCUUCCAUAGAAGCAGCGACUUUUUCCACCAGUUUAACUCUGCCGUUCAUCAGUGUAGGCUUUGUAAGGAAUUCCUUUGGGAAAAACUGCAAGAAAUAUCAAGUGAGGCAGGAAUUUUUAAAAAAGAAUUAGCUGAAGUGGCAUUUGGCAGAGCUCAGUGAGCUCAGUACACACCCUGCAUCGAGCUUUUUAUUUUUCUUUUAGAACCUGAUGAAGGAGAAGGUUUGUUAAAAAUAACAUGAAAAGAUUCUUUGAGCUUCAGUAUUAGAAUGGAAUAUUAUCUACAAAAUACAGGAUUUCAUAUUACAUUAUAAAUGACACCUAACCUUUGUAUAGCUUUAGAUGUAAAAAAAUCUUUAUUUUUCAGUCAGCUCUGGCAAGUGCUCACCUCCUGUGUUCAGUAACUUCAACCUCCACUUUUACUGAGGAUGUGCCGAUUACGACUCGUAAGAGGUUCAUAACCGUGCUUUGCAGACAAAGAGAAAUAAGCACUAUUCUACUAUCAGAUUUACACUGGAACACAAUCAGUUGUUGGGAAACAAAAUGAAGAGUUAUUCAUUUUCCUACAACUCCUCUAAAAAUCCUUGCUCUGCAUUAAUUCUGCAACUGUGAGCAGGCAAGCCAGAGGAUCACCAAGUGGAAAGAAUCUGACAACCGCUACCCUUUUGUUACUGCAGACAGGGGAGAGGUCAGAAGUUUUGUAUAUUCUCCCAAGUACUGAAUUUCAGAAGAGACCUCAGAUUUCACAUAGGAACAGCAAAAUAAUUCAGUUUUAGGCACAGAAGUUUUACCAAAGUUACGAGUGUUCUCAGUUGGCCCUGAGUAACAAAAAGAUUCUGCAGAAUUUGCCAUUGUAUUGCAGCCUUUCAAGCAAGGGCAGUUUAAGAAAUCAUGUUAGGUGCAACAUAGGAAACUUCAGAAAGUCAUGUUAGAAGAGCAAAAGAAGGCUCAAAAAAAGUUAAGUUUGAUACAGAAGCUACUCUUAAGAAUCUGAUCUGUUGUACAAAGCAUGUGGUACUAGAAUAUCUGUAAUUGCAUUCUCUGGGAAUAAUACAAUAGAUAAGGUUAUAAAAAAGCCACAGAAACCUCCUGCCUCUAAAUGAAUAAAGAAACUGGGCUGCAAUGCUUUCUGUGAUGAAACCAUCCAGCCUUGGCAACAAGGUGGUAAAAGGUGGAAGAAAAGCUGCAGCAAUUAAUAGUGCAACAGCAGAGCUGUACAGUUCAACAACCAUGACCAGAGUUGAGACAUGAGCACUGCAGAUCUCCAUGUGGUACAGUGCAUCAACUCAGAGCUAAGCAACACAUCACACUGAGCGAGCAGCAGAAACAAAUUAGGAGAUUGUUCAAAAAAGUUCUGAAAAUAAAGGGAGUCUUU